GUGCUGCCACCUUUCGACACUCGCACACUUGACAAUUUGUUUUACUUUCGUGAUUAUUUUUUUAGCAUUUUUCGUUUACUCUCGUCUUUUGAUUCGAUUCCAUGUUUUAACUUAGUUUUAGUGACAAGUUUUUCUACCCUCCCGGAAAAAUGCUAAAUCAAUUCUGCUGUUUGUUUUUGCUGCUACUCCUUCACUUCUUCGCACGAGUGUCGUGUGUUGAGGAGGAGUGCCGCCGUCUUAAUCGCGCUGAUAUCGAGGGCAGACUGUCAACAAAGACGCCUUACAGAGCGAUCGCCAAUUACGACGACAUGCCGCCGCAAUUUGCCGGUUGCCAUCCGACGCGAAUCUGGUCCAUUAUUCGACAUGGAACUCGAAAUCCCAGUGAAUCCGUUAUUCUCCAGGCCCAAAAUCGUCUUUCCGAGAUAAAGAAGCUUAUUCUAGACCAACCAAAUUCGCCGAUCUGCUUCGCUGAACAAAACAAGUUAAGGCAAUGGAGUUGGAAUCAUCUUAAUGCUACCGAAGAUGAAAAGUUACUGGUGGCGGAGGGCGAGGAUGAACUGAUUGAGCUGGCAGAACGAAUGCAGCGUCGAUUUCCAGAUCUACUUCCGGAUUUGUACAGCCCAGAGUGGUAUUACUUUAAGUACACGGCAACACAGAGGACGCUAAAAAGUGCAGAGAGUUUUGCCACGGGCUUAUUUGGACGUCAUCGCAUUCGUUCAAUAAGAUAUCCGCCGCCUUUGCACGAAGAUCCUAUUUUACGGUUCUAUAAGGGCUGUGGAAAAUGGAAAAUUGACGUCGAUAAGAAUCCCGAAACCUUGGUCAACGCACGCAGGUUCCUUGCGGAGCCGCAGAUGGAGUCAGCAGUGGAGCAGGUACGGAGCAGCACAAGAAUAGCGGAUCUUCAGCCGGAGGACGUCCAGCUUAUGUAUACGGUUUGCGCUUUCGAGACAGCUUGGCAUCGCCCGCGUCAUGGGUCCGGUUCAUCGGAUUCCGUCUGGUGUAACUUCUUCGAUGUGGCCACCCUAGACGCCCUGGAGUUCUUUGAGGAUUUAGAAUACUAUUGGAACGAUGGCUACGGCUACGAACUGACCCAUCGCAUUGCCUGUCCGGCAAUUGCAGAUAUGUUUGCGGCCAUCAGUUCAUCUGAAAAGGAGGAGCUACCUCGGCGGGCCAACGCCACGCUGUAUUUCACGCACUCGGGAACACUUCUUAAGUUGCUGGCCCACCUAGGAUUGGCCCGGGACAAAAAGCCGCUGACGCACAAGCACUUUGCCAGCGAACGUCUUUGGCGCACAAGCCAAAUCGACGCUUUCGCGACCAACUUGGCCUUCAUCCGCUACGAUUGCGACAAGGAGGAGCCGCAGGUUUUAGUAAUGCACCAGGAGCGAGUGGUGCGCCUACCCAAAUGCCCUCAAGACGAGGACCUCUGUCCGAUGGCUAAACUCCGUAGUAUUUUCGCUAAAAGCGUGGACCACUGCGACGUUGAAGAGAUGUGUCGCGUGAAGACCAACUGAGGAGCUGCUGUUGCUGUUUUAUUGCUCUGCUCCCCUGCCACUGCAAGACCUUGUUAAAGGGGUUUGUCGGAAUGUUUAGGAUACAACUGAAUUAAACGAUAUAGAUAAGAAUGGAAUAGAUGUGAAAGAGCUGGAAUUAAGCGAUGAUACAACUAGGAUUAGUUUUCUAAGAGAUGAGAAGCCGGAAAGUUAUGUGUUGACCAAGUGGCGAGUCUGUGUCUUUUGUAUGCCUUAUUAAUUGAUGUGGACCAUCCAAUCCAGAGCAAGCGAACUUCGAACAGGAGCGCAGGAGAGAGAGCGAGAUGGUAAUGGAAAACGUAAGACAGAAAGAGAGAGGGAGAGGCCAGCCCGUGUCAUGCUUUAUUUACAUAUAUACUUUAGUCCAUAUACUCCCGAUGUCUCCCAACUGCUGUAAAGCCUACAGGAUUUAUCUUGGUUUCCUUUUUUUUUUUUUGUUAUUCAGUUAAUCAUACUUAUAACCUUAACCUUAUCCUUAUCCCAAAAGUCAAAAGGCAACGCAUACUGUAUAUAUAUAAAUAAUUGAUGUAUAAGAUUAGUUAACUAUAGCUAUAUUUACCCAACACACCACACAUAUAGACAUAAACACAAGCAUAGUAAUAUGCCUCUAUUCAAAUCAGCCCUUUAAAGAAGAAAGAAAAGUAAACGUUCGUUGUGCUAACUUGUGUUAUAUACCUAUAAACAAAACCAGAUAUAUAUUUGAUAAGGCAAGGAUAUAGAAUGAAUAUUGGGUUCCUAUAUCAAUUGUUCAGCGGAUUGGGAGACCCACACACUUUGUACAUAGCACUUACGACUUUAAUCACUUUUGUCUAAUUUUGUUUGUCCUAUCGAAAGCCCAACAAAAACAACUGCAGUAACAACAAAUAAAACUAACGAAAGUUAUAGUUUAAAGCUUAACUUGCUUGGACUUUUCGAAUUGUUUAAGCUGAAAAUAAAGAAAAAUCAAUGCA